UGUUGUUUUACACGAAGAUUACUGGUCACGUGUUCCUGUGCAGCCCAAUCACUCACCCACUAUUCCCCUUUGCUUGGGCUCAGACAGGUUAGAGUCCGGGAGUGAUGGCGGCACUGUGGGGAUUGUUUUGAGUUGGGGAUAUAUUACAGGAUUUUACUGUGGCAUUUGGAUAAUACACGUAUGGAGGUUUUUGAAUUGGACCCUGUCAGGUUGAAAGGAGUAAGCCACAGACGAAUGAAUGGCCUCAGGAAAAAAUUGUUUGAAAGGAAUGCAUUAACUUUGCAGGUGCCACAGACUAUUACUACAACAAGAGUGGGAGACGACGGGGUGAGGACUAUAUCGUUUUAAAUUUUAGUGUAACCAGAUUGUGACUGGAAUGAAGGUGUUGUUCGAAGGCAUUACUCGAUGGAUUCUGUAGCACCAGGACUGGAAUACAUGCUAUGAGAGAAAUCCAAAGCGCUUUUUUUUUUUUCUCUAAACACUGCCUUGUCUCACGACAGCACCUGAACUACACUUUGCUCGUAUUCCUGGUUACAUUUUCGUGUUUGUUUAUUAUUAUUAUUAUUAUUAUUAUUAUUAUUAUUAUUAUUAUUAUUAGUUGUAGUAGUCGUAGUAAUAACUGUUAUUAUUUUUAGUAAUUUAUUAUUAAUCAAAAGUUGGUGGUAUCAUCUCAUUGCUUGUUAGGCAGAUUUUUUUUGUUUGUUUGUUUCCAAGAAUUUGAAAUCGACAUGACCACAGAAAAUAAUUUACAUUGUUUUAAACUAGUUAUGAUGACUGCCAUUGUCACCUGACUGCACAAAACUCAGCAACACAAAGUAAUCUGUGAUUUUUUUUUUUUAAAGAAGAUAUGUUAUGUAUGAUUUUUCAUUCAUGUCAUUCAGUUCAUAUUUUGACAAUUAAUUUCCACGAUAUUCGUGACACUGAAUUUUGGAAUUACAGUACCUCGGAGUCUUAGGUUCCAUAUGCCAGUCUGAAUGGAUGUCAUUUUGCAAACAUCAUGGACUGAAAGUAAAUGCAAAGUUUUGUUUACCUUCUGAUUCACUGUGAUAUAGUAAUUUGAGGCUGGUAGCGCUAUUUUGGAGCCACAACUCAGCCCCUUAUGGUGAGGCUGCAGCCCAGAGAUGUCUCACUCGCGGGCCGGUUUCCAAAACGGUGAAAGACGGCUGAGCAGCAAUAAUGACAGUCCUUGGAAUGGGUCCCCCACCUACAGCCCACUGGCUCACUCUGCUUCUGCCUGCUCGAAUCCGUUGUGGACUGCGGUGUUUGAUUAUGAAGCCAGCGGGGAGGAUGAGCUUAGUCUGCGGCAGGGGGAUGUGGUCGAGGUGCUUUCAAAGGACGCUUCCAUCUCUGGUGAUGAAGGCUGGUGGACUGGCAAAAUCAACCAUCGGGUCGGGAUAUUCCCCUCCAAUUAUGUUACCUACAAAACCGCAAUAUAUCAUAGACUGCAGCCCUCUAGCAGUGUUGUGGGAGUGGAGAAUGGUGGCAGGAGCUCCCCGGUAGAGAUCAGUUUUAGCGAGCUAACUCUGGAAGAGAUCAUUGGGGUCGGAGGGUUUGGCAAAGUGUACAGGGGAACCUGGAUAGAGCAGGAGGUAGCCGUAAAGGCAGUGCGGUAUGACCCCGACGAGGACAUCACUGUCACAGUGGCGAGCGUGAAGCAGGAGGCGAAGCUCUUUUCAAUGCUGCAACAUCCCAAUAUCAUUCAACUCGAAGGGGUUUGCCUUCAGGAACCCAAUCUGUGCCUUGUAAUGGAAUAUGCCCGAGGAGGGACCUUAAAUCGGGCUUUGGCUGGGCGCAGGAUACCACCCCACAUCCUUGUUAACUGGGCUGUACAGAUAGCCAGGGGCAUGCACUACCUACAUGAAGAAUCUGUUGUGCCCAUCAUUCACCGGGACCUCAAAUCCAGCAAUAUACUGUUAAUUGAAAAAAUCGAAAAUAACGACAUAGGCAAAAAGACCUUGAAGAUCACAGACUUUGGCUUGGCCAGAGAAUGGCACAACACAACCAAAAUGAGUGCUGCUGGAACAUACUCUUGGAUGGCUCCAGAAGUGAUCAAGUCUUCGCUGUUUUCUAAAGGCAGUGACGUCUGGAGUUAUGGAGUGUUGCUAUGGGAGCUACUGACAGGAGAGGUGCCUUAUCGUGGAAUUGAUGGUCUUGCUGUUGCCUAUGGAGUGGCUGUCAACAAAUUAACCCUUCCCAUUCCAUCCACUUGCCCGGAACAGUUUUCCAAGCUCAUGGAAGAAUGCUGGGAGCAGGACCCCCACAUCCGGCCAUCUUUCACUGCCAUUCUGGAGCAGCUCGCUGCCAUCGAGGAAGAAGUCAUGGCUACAAUGCCUCAAGAAUCAUUUCACUCCAUGCAGGAUGACUGGAAGGUGGAGAUAAAGGAAAUGUUUGAUGAGCUCAGAACAAAGGAGAAGGAGCUGCUGUCGCGGGAAGAGGAGCUCACUAGGGCGGCCCUUCAGCAGAAGUCUCAAGAGGAGCUCCUGAAGCGGCGGGAGCAGCAGCUAGCGGAGAGGGAGAUCGAUGUUCUGGAGCGGGAGCUCAACAUCCUCAUCUUCCAGCUCAACAAGGACAAGCCCAACGUCAAGAAGAGGAAGGGCAAGUUCAAGCGCAGCCGCUUAAAGCUGAAGGAUGGCAAUCGGAUCAGCUUACCUUCAGAUUUUCAGCACAAAAUCACUGUUCAGGCUUCCCCCACGAUGGAAAAGAGAAGAAGCUUAAACAGCAAUAAUUCUAGCCCGCCAAGCAGUCCCACACUUAUUCCACGGCUCAGAGCGAUACAGUUGAGUUUCAAAACUGACAUCGGCAGCGUCAGUGGCCGGAGAAACAGUAUGUAUGUGUACCAUCAAGAUGUGGAUAUCACAAGUGAAUGUGAACCUGCCAGGGUUAGAAAAAAAGUAACUUUGGAUGAAAGCAAUAGAACAUGGGGAAGGAGCACAAUUUACAAACCGGAAGAAUUUGAAGAUGUCCGAAAAGGCUUUAAAAAGAAGGGACGUACAUGGGGCCCAAGUUCUGUUCAAACAAAGGACCGGGCCAAUGGUGCGGAAAGGAUAAGACCACUUUCAGAUGGCAGCAACCCCUGGUCCACCAGUUUGAUGAAAAACCAGAAGUCUGUUCCUUUAGCUGCACUGUUUGUUGAUCAGGGUACGACUAUUUACUUAGAGACAUCUCUGGAAGAGAUUUGUUCAUCUGAAGGCAUUGACAACAGCCGACCAAAACAACUGAAGUUUCCUAAUCAGGUGUAUAUCGAUCUACCUCUUUGGAAAGACGAACAGGGGGAGGGCACGGGAGGCAGCGAAGGCUUGGAGGAAGCAACUCCCGCCAGCUCAGCAAGCAGCACACCUCAAGUCACUCCAACCAACAGUUUGAAACGAGUGACGCUGAGAAAGAAAACGGACAGUGUGCUGUACGGGUGCGCCAUGCUCCUCGCUUCAGUUGGCUUAGGUUUCGAUAUCCGCGACGUGAACAAUAGGCCCCAGUCCAUGGAAGAGCCCGUGGUCAAGGAAGAAAAGAAAAAGGGGAUAUUCCAGAGAGCCACCCGGUUCCGUCGGAGCACAAGUCCUACCAACAGAAUGAGUUUGAAAAAAGAUGACGGCAACAUUCCUUCGCUGGGCCCUCCCUCUGGUUCCGUUCACAUUUCCAUGUCUUCCAUUUCCGAAUGUAACUUCACAAAGUGUUUGAUUCAGGAUGAUUCGGAAGAAGCAAGUACAUACAGCUCCUAUUUGAAGGCAGGGUUGUCAAAUGAAAACGACAACAGUGAACACAAGUACAAGGAGUCCAGUUCACCCAAGGUAUUGAACAAUGGGGCCUUCAGUAGUGUCUCAAAAUGGGAUUCUGACCUGCAGUCAUCCGGCUCUGAGAACAACAGUGUUUUGCAACACAAGCAAACAAUGUUGGUGGGAAAUGCAGUUCAGAAUUACACUAAUGGCACAUCCACCUCGCAAAUGGAUCAAACAGUAUUCCCCCAGAUUCCCAAUCCUGAAGCAGUGUAUCCAGCCUCUGUGCUGAGAAGAAACCACGAUCAAGACGUCCCCCCCAAAAGGCAACUCUCUGGAGACUAUGCAUCUAGGCCUCGGCCUCUGUCCCUUAAAAGUAAAGCCCACCCCUGGCAUCUCAUGCAAGGCCGAAACAAGAGCUCAUCCGCAGGACCUUUCUCUGGAGAGAAAACAGCGCAAAAUCUAAACUAUUUGCUUGCAGCUGAAGCAAAGGCUGGCUGCCAUGCUGCCCCUGCUGCCUGCUGUUUACUGGACAUUGAUAUGGAAGGACAGAAAGGGGACUGUACUGUACCCCUUUGUAGAAUUCAGAACAAACCUGCCAGAUCUACAGUAUAUGAACUGGAAAAGGAGUCCUUGUCUUAGCAGUUUUUGUUUAAACAAACAUGUUUGUUCUAGCACAUUAGCGUUUCUUAAUGAAAUAAUUAAGACGUUGUGCUACUAAACUGGAACCAUCAUGUGUUACCAAGCAGCAGGUUGCCAUUUAAUCCACUUGGGUUGAGGCUGCUGACUUCAGUUCAUACAGGUACUUCAUAAAGGUUAUUAAUGUCCAUAUAUUCUGAUAGGGUUAAAUUGUAGGUUGCUGGAGCUUUAUUUGCUGAAUUUGUAUGUUUUUUUUAUUUGGUUUAGUUUUUUUACAAAUAAUAACAUAUUCCAAUGUAAACUGGUCAAUGUUAAUAAUAAAGCCAACAAGGAUUCCUUCUAAGAUGUGGUUUAAUAGUCCUAACCAUUUUUAACACUAUUCUUCUGUUGAAACUCUUUUGGUGCUGGAAUUUGUUACUCCAUUUUAGAAUAUGAAGAUAUUUAAAAAGCCAGGCUAUUUAUGAGAAGUUGCUGCUUCUUUCUGGUACCUAAUCACUUCAUGUGUUGUCGUUCAGACUAUGAGUCCAACAGCAGAGGUACCAGGAUGCAGUUUAUCUAUCGUGUUGUUUUUGAAAUUGCUUAAUUGAAUUGUCCUAAUUGAUUUUAAAGCAUUGGUAAUGUACAGUAAUUCUGCAUAUAGAAAUGUUCUUUCAUUUAGAGAAUUAUCCCUAAUUGAAUGUAUUGGUGAUUUUUUAUUAUUAUUAUUAUUAUUAUUAUUAUUAUUAUUAUUAUUAUUAUUAUUAUUAUUAAUUUAUUUUUUUUGUCAUCCAAUGGUUGCAUUUGUGAAUCGGAUCGGUUUAAAAAUGCCACUGUUGCUUUUUACAGUGUUCAUUGCUGUCGGGGCAUACUGUAUCCCUGAUACAGUAUUAAAUAUACAGUUAUCCCUGGCAUUUAGAUUAGAAACCAUUUCUAUUAUAAUAUUUAGGUGGUUGAUUUAUACGCAAGGUGUUCUCAUUGCAGAAAACGUAUGAUAUUAUAAUCAGCUGCUACACAUGGUAUAGUUGUGUUGAAUGUAUAACUUGUAUAGCUCCUAAAAAUAAAGGGAGAAAUGACCUUCUGUUUUAAGGUGAACAUACAAAAUGUAUUUCUGGAAUGUUACAUUUAAAAGUAAAGGCAAUCUGGCAUUUGAACUUAGAUAAGCAUGUGGAACUUAAUUUUACUUACGGUAGUUGAUUUUAAAUAAUAAUUUUUGCCAUUUCAAGAAUGCAUAACGCUUUUAUGUUGGCGUCAUCAAUAUUAUAUCGGACUACUGGAAAGACCAAUACUUUUUGUUCAUUAGUAAUAUAUAUACAGAAACCCGAGAUGGAAUUGUUUUCCUGUAACUCACUUAAGUGGCCCAUCUAUUAUUUUUUAUAAUACAUGGAUACCCUUGUGGUGCUAAUAUUAAAGAAGACGAGGUUCAGCAGUACAGUUUGGUUUUUUUAAAUGUAGUGUUUCAGUGCUGUACGUUCUGUGUCGUUAUCCGUUUCUCUGAGAUACGAAUGUACCAGCUUUACAUCUUUUUUUUUUUUUAAAUUUAUUCUCAUUUUGUUGAUCAUUAAUGAACAUUUCUGUACUGUGGGUGUUGUCGAGUGAUUGAAAACGAGACAUUUUGUGUUUGAAUUGAAAGUGAUGGUCUCGUGUAGUCGAAUGGGUCAAAAUUCAAGUAUAAAAUUCAAGGCAUUAUCACUUUUUGACGUCA